UGCACACAAAUCUACAAUCCGUCCUAUAUUAAUAGCCGGUUUAUUCAUAGAAAAGAAUGCACCAUGCGUACUGAAACUUAAUACCAUUCCGUCCUAUUUUUUGAUGAAUAUGUAUUGAAAUCAAAUGGGGAAUUAUGAUGCAGAAAAGUGGCGGUUGAGAUUUUAUUCUGUAAGCGCUCUCAGAAAAUCUGGCAGUAGAGCUGGAACACUCGCACGGCAUGGUCGACUCGUUAAAAAAAUAUAACUUCAAUUAAAUAAUUAGAAAUGGAGGAAGUGCUCGAAACAACAUUUGUUGUUCUCGAAGAAGAGAAUUUGGAGCAGUACAAGGUUACGUUAAAAGAAAACUUCCUAACUGACGAUAUCCUGAAAAGUUUGCUCCAUUCCGGGACGUUGAGCAGCACAUUGGCUGAAAUUAUACCCCCCCUUGGUCAUCGUCUUCAAAUACAGGGCGGUCUUGGUAGAAAAUGGCCCCUUGAAAAUAUUGCGGUCACAGUCAAUUCAUCAGGUGACAUAGAACUUGCUACACACGAUACGUCGGAGGUGCCGAUACAGGUAAAGUGCACAAUUUGUAAAAAUACUUUGCCAGCCACAUGGGCAGAUAUUUGGUGGCAUUUAAAAUAUCAACAUUUAUUAUUACAAAGAUACUUAAACUGGAAAUGUUUAUUUUGUGAAAAAAGUCUGUUGAGAUUCGUAGAUUUUAAAAGUCACAUAAAUAAACAUUUAGACCAAUAUUUGACAAACAGUAGUUUAAAAUCACCUUCCGUUUUAGAGAAUGAGCCUCUAGAUUCAAAUGUUUCUCCAGAAAUAGAAACCUCAAAUCCAGAUGCUUCUCCUAAAAUAGAAGCCCCCGCCGAAUUUUCGAUUCCAAUAGAUUUUGACAACCUGAUUUUAGCAAUUAAAAAGAAAGCUGUCAAAUUUGUCGUACAAUUAAAAAGUAGUGGCCGACUUUCGCUUUCAAUUUGCAACGAAAUUAUUUCCAAUAUUUCCCAAUUAUUUAACGACGUAGUCAAUUUUAUAGGCAAAUUUACUUGUAGUGAAGUUAAUGAUUUACCCAAUUAUUUAGACCAGUUGCGAAACCCUUUUGAAAUGGUAAAAUCAGACUAUUUGCUUCAAAAAUAUUUAACUGAUACCGGUUAUUUUAUUAAACCGGAAGAAGUAGUUUUGGGCUCUCGUCUUGCUACUGUAAAAUUGAAGUCACAAGUUAAAUUUGAUAAGUAUCAUUAUGUACCAAUCACUAAAGUCUUAGAGAAAGUUCUUGCCAUGCCAGGAGUCAUGCGUUCUAUUCUAGAAGUAAACAACGAUGUACAGAAUGGAGUUCUUAGUUCCCCAGUUUCUGGUAAUUUGUUUAGAAAUUUAAUUCUGCAGUCACGAAUUCCAGUAGUGUUAAUCCUAUUUUACUAUGAUGAAUUAGAGGUAUGCAACCCAUUGGGAUCACGGCGUGGCGUACAUAAAUUAGGAAAUUGUUACUAUUCAAUUUUGAAUGCUGCACCACAGCAUGCGUCUCAAUUAGAAAAUAUUUUCCUAUGUUGUUCAUUUAAGACUAAAUUAUUACAAUCUUAUCCGAUCUCAAAAAUUUUAGCUAAAACAGUUUCAGAAUUCUCAGAGUUGUCACAAAAUCCUAUUUUUAUUAAGUCCGACAGUUACGAAGGUGAGGUAAAAAUUGUGCUAGGGCAGGUUACCGGCGACAAUCUCGGCCUUCAUCAGGUUUUUGGUUUCACAGAAUCCUUUGUUUCAAAUUAUCCCUGUCGUUUUUGUAUACUUCCAAGGUAUCGUUGCCUCACUUUGUGUACUGAAAAUAAUUUAUUUCGUAGAAAUAUUGACAAUUACCAGACAGAUUUAGAGUUGAAAACUCUAAGUUUAACUGGAAUAAAAACUUCCUCAAUUUUUAAUGAUAUCCCAAAUUUUCAUGUAACUAAAAAUGUUUGUCCCGAUAUUAUGCACGAUGUCUUGGAAGGGGUGGCACCCAUUAAUAUUAAAUUGAUGCUUCAAAAAAUACUUUCUUCAGGUAGCCUAACUUUGGAACAAAUCAAUUUUAGAAUAACAUCAUUCAAUUAUCAGCAUCUGCAGAAAGAUUGUCCUAAUGAACUAUCAGAGCGAAUGAUAAUGAAUUCUGACUCUUUAUUAGGCCUUUCAGCAGGCCAAACAUUUACCCUUUUACAAAGUUUUUGCCUGAUAUUUGCAGACCAGUUUUGUGAAAAUGAUACGCAUUGGGAGUUGUUUCUAAUAUUCAUGGAGAUUAUGGACAUUAUUAUGAGUCCAGUUAUCUCUGCCCAAUCGCUAAGUUACUUAAAAGUCAUUAUUAGCGAUCACCAUUUUUUAUAUCAAAAGUUGACCAAUAAGUGUUUGCGCCCAAAACAUCAUCAUAUGCUUCAUUAUCCUGCAGCAAUAAAACAAAUUGGUCCUCUUCAUUAUUAUUGGGCAAUGCGAUUUGAAGCUCGUCACAAAUUUUUUAAACAUGUAGCAAAAAUAGGGUGUAAUUUUAAAAAUAUAACUGGUUCUGUAUCAACUAGGAAUCAAUUGUUAUUAAGUUAUAGGCUGAUCGAAAAUAAGGGAUUUUCAAUUGAAACGUAUCCUAUUUCAGAAGAAAUAUUCGCAAAGAUUGAAAUUGGUAAUUUAUUUGACUUUCUGCCGCACGUUAAUCCUAAUGAUCCAAUUUCGAGAUUUGACCGCAUUUCUGUUAAAGGGUUAAAAAUAUCUGUAAAUGAUUAUCUUGCGAUUGAUUUCGAAUCUUGCAACGAGCUUCCAUUAUUUGGACAAGUAAUUGCUAUUAUUAGAAUGCAGGAUAUAUUUAGGAUACUAUUUAAAUAUCAAAAAACUUUAUCUUUCUCCAAGCACUAUAAUGCAUAUAAAGUGGAGGAAAGUGAAAAAUUUGACUUGAAGCAAGUAGAAGAAAUUGACUUGCUCAAACCACUGUUGCAUGUAAAAAGUCCAAGUUUUUUUAUUUCUCUGCCUUACAAAUAAUUAAUAAUUCAAUGAAAUAAUUACUAAUGCACAUUUUUCAUAAGUUUCAGUACCAACUACUUCCACCCAACGCGCUACAUAAUUCCAGUUCAGUUGGAGAUUCUCAGAAUCCUUAUCCAGUCUCAAGUAAUAAACGAUCUAGGAAGAGAAAAUUAUUUUAUGAUGAAGACUCAGAUAUCGUGGACAUCAAAACUCUUCUUAAGCAGCACGACAUAAAUACUAGAACCAAUCACGGAUCCCAAAUUAUAGGAAUUGCUGACUCCAGGAACCCGUUACAACUUUCGCUGCGGAAAAAAUUAGUCUCCAUAACGUGCCUCGCCUUAAUGAAUAAGACAAGCUCCACACGCCCUAGUACAGACCAAAGACGACAAUUGGCAGACUGCAUAGUGGAACAACUUUUUCCAUAUAUGACGGAGGAUGAAAGAUUGAAUUUGAAGGACGCGUUCUUUACGCCUUCCUGCACUUUCCAAAAUUCAAGCGGAAAAAGGACAAGCAAACGACCAUCAGGGUUCAUACAAUCGUAUUUUGUUAACUUUUGGCAAGCUAAUAGACCCAUCCCAAAAAUAUGCAAUGAGAAACUCGAGAUGGCAAUUGAAGACGACGAACUCAGCCAGGAGGAAUUUCUGUCCAUCCAAGAAUGGUUGAAGGCCAAUAGGGGACCCCCUGCCAAAAUCUUUGAAAAACUUAACCAAUCGUUCAAGAAGCGGUCUAAAAUAUUCCGGAUAAACAAAGACAGCUUUGAAAAUAUUGUCUUAGCAUGGCCCAGGCUUUUCGACAUCGAUGGCGCAAUUCAAAACGAUUUCGAUCAAAUUUACCCAUUGGCCUCAGAUAAUUUGUUUUUUAAAUGGAAAGAUACCGCUUCAAAAUUGUUAAUCUACUCAAAAAGUAUUAAGAAGUGUGCAACUACCCUGACUAUUGGAGAGAAAGCUGCUGAAGAAAAUCCAUCAAUUGCAGCGCUAUUUUUACUAGCCUACUUGAUUCGGCCAAAAAGUAAAAAGACGUCGCUUCUUGGUUCAGUUGAAUCAUUUAUUAUGGUCAAUUCUGAGCCAAAAUACAACGAAUUUCUGGAUAACAAAUUGGAUCUGUACCCUCAAGUGUAUUUAGUUGGUAGCAAGGAAUCCUUAAUAUUCGAAGAUUUUCUGGUCAUUUUCAAACGGAAAAUUGUGAAAUGCACAAGUGUAAUGGAAGCAGUUGACUUAGCAUUUAAGUCGUUCUAUGUGUUUAACAUUGAAUUUCCGACUACAUGUUACGGAGCGUGGCAAUUUUUAGACUAUGUAAUUUAUAAAAUGAAGCCUAUUUGUCCAGUUAUGUCUAGUGUUAAGGAGUUGGCAGCAUUUGUGCAGUAGAAUGUAAAAUUAUUUAUGAUAUUAAUUUAUUUAAGAAUUAUUUGAUACGUUAUUAAAUUUACAAUUAACGCUUACCUUGUGAUAAAAUCGUGAUUAAUUGUAAUUUUCAGUACAAAUAUAAACUAAAAUAAAUUGUAAUUGUUCAAAUGAAACUU